CAAACAUCUAAACAUUGCUCAGCUGGCACAGCUCUGAUCAGCCGGGCCGGCUCCCACCCCCCCACCCUCCCCGUGGCUGCUGGGACUGAGCCUGUUUAGACACAGACACGGAUCCGGGAGCCCUUACUGAGGCUAAGAUGCUUCAGGGAAAGUCCACCGACGGCAGUGGCUCCAGGUUCACUCCUCUGGUGGUUCUGGAGCUGGUCUCAGACACCAAAGAAGAAGCCAUCGCGUGGCUGCUCGGCAGAAUACGAGACCAGCAGCAGGACGGAGGUUCUGAGCUGCUGGUGGAACAACUGGGUCCUGGUGUCGGGGAUCAGGAGAAGGACAACCCAAACAUCUUCCUGGUGGGGGCGUCCUGGCAGAGGCUGCUGUCCGGCGCCGAGGACCUGGGCCUCUUCAAGGAGUUCAAUGACGGGUCCAUGAGAGCGUUCACCUGCGCCAACAAACACAACUUUAAAGACUUUAACGGAGACGGCGAUGGUUUCCUGAGUAUGGCCGAGUGUCAGUUCAUUAUUAAACAUGAGCUGGACACGCUACGAGCCAAAGAUGAAACUCACAUACCGGGAUACACCCAGGCCAAGCUCUAUCCAGGGAAAUCUAUCAUUCGCAGACUUCAGACCAAAGGGAUCCUGAUCCAGGUUUUUCCUCUGCAUGAAAAGGAGGAACUGAAGAGACUGUCUUUUUCCUGGUAUCAGAAGGUGAAGUUAUCCUUCCAGCCUAUUGAUGCCAUCAGACAUUACUACGGUGAGGGCCAGGCUCUCUACUUCGGUUUCCUGGAGUACUUCACCUUUGCCCUGGUGCCUAUGGCUCUGAUCGGAGUGCCUUACUACCUGUUCGACUGGGAGGACUAUGAUAAAUACGUCAUCUUUGCUGUGUUCAACUUGAUCUGGUGUACUGUUAUCCUAGAGUUGUGGAAGCGUCACAGCGCCUCCCUGGCCUACCACUGGGGGACGCUGUGCAGAAAGAAGGCCUUCGAAGAACCUCGACCCGGUUUCCACGGCGUUCUCGGCUUCAACCCGGUGACGGGACGCGAAGAACCCAUUUACCCCAACGCCAAAAGGCAGCUUCGCAUCUACCUGGUGUCGCUGCCCUUCGUCCUGCUCUGCCUCUACCUGUCUCUGUACGUCAUGAUGAUCUACUUCCAGAUGGAGGGCUGGGCGCUGACGCUCCACGACGAAGACCCCACCUUCUGGACCGGAAUCCUGCUGUUCAUCCCCAGUAUCAUCUACGCCGUGGUCAUCGAGAUCAUGAACCUCAUCUACAGAUACGCCGCUGAGUUCCUGACGGCCUGGGAGAAUCACAGGCUGGAGUCUUCAUUUCAGAACCACUUGGUCCUUAAAGUUUUAGUCUUCAACUUCUUCAAUUGCUUCGCAUCACUCUUCUACAUCGCCUUCGUGAUGCAGGACAUGGUGCUGCUCAGACAGAGUCUGGCCACGUUGCUGAUCACCAGUCAGAUCCUGAACCAGUUCAUGGAGGCCUUCCUGCCCUACUGGCUCCAGAGGAGACGCAACAAGAAGAUGAUCCGCAAAGUCCAGAAGAAACGAACCCUGGAGGACAAGGAGCUUCCUCUGGAGGAGCAGGUUCGACUGGAGGCCGACAUGAGCACGUACUUGGGUACGUUUGACGACUACCUGGAGCAGUUCCUCCUUUUCGGUUACGUCAGCCUGUUCUCCUGCGUCUACCCGCUGGCCGCCGUCCUCGUGGUGUUGAACAAUAUCACUGAGGUUUACUCCGACGCCUUUAAGAUGUGCCGUGUCUUCAAACGACCUUUCUCUGAACCAGCGGCGAGCAUCGGGGUGUGGCAGCUCGCCUUCGAGGCCAUGAGCGUGAUCGCCGUGGUGACCAACUGCGCUCUGAUCGGCAUGUCUCCACAAGCCAAGGCGUACUUCCCCGAGUCGGAGCUGCAGCUCAUCCUGUGGACGGUGGCCAUCGAGCACGGGCUGCUGGCCUUCAAGUUCAUCCUGACCUUCCUCAUCCCUGACGUUCCCAAACACAUCCAGAUCCAACUGGCCCGCCUGGAGUUUGUGUCGCUGGAGGCUCUGAAGAAAAAGAGACAGUUCCAUGGAGGAAAAUGCUGGAGGCCUCGGAGCUCAGUAAAACUCUGUAGCGAAGACGAGAGGAAGACGUACAGAUACUGACCGACGACUUUAACCAUCAUCAUCCACCGUACCGUCUGCAUCCGAACAAACCCAAAACUGUGGACUCCUCUGUUUACCUUUAGUUUCCUUCUGUCACAGUUUGAGCUGCGUCACUAUCAGAAGUAUUAACACCGGUGUAUUUAUGACACGUACUGUAUUAAUGAGGCUUUAUUUUGGGAUGGACGAUGGGAAAUAGUGUUAAAAUCACAGGAGAAUGCUGUACACAUAUAAAAUAUACUGUAGCAACUGUAGGUUUUCUAUCUAAAACUGUAUUUAUGUCAGGAUUUUCUGCUCUGAAGUCACUUUGGGUGGAGUUUGGGUUGGUAUGAAACUGUAAUUCUGGGUGAAGUUCCACCUGCGGCUCAAAAGUAAAAAGAAAAACAACGAUGGUGGAGGUUUGGUUUAAGCAGCGGAAGAUUUCACUGUUAAAUUUAGCAAUAAUUAUUAGCUUGAAUGACGUCUAAAUACGCAAAACAGAAUUUAACUGAGCAAAUAAAUGCCUCGUCCACACUAAUACGGAUAUUUUUUCUGUCAUCCCCAAUUUAUGUCCUCAUUACUUUUUUUUUUAAUUUACAGAUAAUACUGUAUGUAGCAAAUGUAGAGGCUUUAAUCAAAUUAAAUGAAGCAGCAUCGACAAGUUAAGGGUUAAAUUUAACUUACAUUGAGGUUUUUAAGGUGGUUUAGGUGGGGUUUUUUUUGUAUCAUACACACAGAAUGGACUAAAAAAGUCAGAAUAUUAUUUAAUAUUUAUCCAAUAUUUAACCUUUAGCUUUGAUUUACACCUGGAUUUGAUGUUUCAGGUGCAGCUCCGUCACAUAAAGUAAUAACAGAUGUGAGCGACACUAUCGGAUCCAAAUAAACACAUAAAAUUCACAGUUUUAGUGACUUAAACGGCUGUUUACAUGUGGAAAAGAGGAAGAAAUGUGGACGCAAAAUGUUCGUUUGAAAUAUUAACAUUAGUGUGGAUCAGACUUCAAUCCAAAACCAAACCUUUGUCUACAGAAUAUGGACAAAAAUACUGGGACACGUCAUGUAUUCCUGUUGAUUAGAAAUAUUAUCACGAUUAAAAUGUUAACAUAAAUAAUUAUCAUGAUAAAUGUCAAAAAUAAAUAUUUAUUUUACAUUUCGAGGCUGAUUGUAGAAACCAGACAGUUAUUUUCGGGUUAAAAUGGUUAUUAAUGUACAAAUAUUUCAGAAAUCUACAGGUAGAACGUGUAGAACUAUUACAAUGAUUUAAAAAUAAUCAAUGUUUAGUCAAAGUAAAAAUAAGUACAGGGGACAGUUUAGGUGACAAUGUAACAAAAUUAGCCCUAAAGACAAAAUUGAAAUGUUUUUUGCAAUAUUUAUCACAGUAUAAAAUUAUGAUAUUUGUCAUUAUCUUUUAGCAAUAAAACACCUGAAUUUAUUAUGUCCCAAUACUUUUGUCCAUAUAAUGAAAGUUAUUUUUUUACAUUUUAGGUGCAAAAAGCCGCAAUAGUUAUAGUUACAUGUGCAAAUUAAUGUUACUUGAUUGUUUUUUCCUCGUGUAAUCAUAUAAACCAGAGUUUAAAAAAAAUAUAUAUAUAUAUUAAAAAUGUUCACUUUGUCAUAAAACACACUUUACUUCAAAGACAGGAGGGAAGAAAAUGAAAGAUUUUUUUUUUUUUUUUGCUAAAUAUCUAUUAGUGUGAACAGGACUAAGAAAGCUCUAAUAUAUGAACAGAAACACAAUGAUUUAAGAUGAAAAACUGGGAAAAUAUCUACAUAUGCAACUAGAAAAUAAGAAAAUAAAAUAAAAACACUUGUCAGAAUAAAGUCGGAAAAUAUUGAGAUAAAACCCAGAAUUUUAUGAGAAUAAAUUUGAAUACAAAGAGUCAUAGGUUUACAAAAAUAAAGCUGUAAUAGUUUGAGAAUAAAGUAGUAGUAGUAAAAAAAACAACAAAAAAAAAAAACCCUCAUAAUUUAAUGAAAGUAAUGUCGUACUUUUAUGAGAUUAAAGUCUUAAUAUUAUGAGAAUAAAGCCAGAAUUUAAAAACAGGUGGAAAAAUAUCAUAAUUUACAAGAAUAAAGUUGUAUCCACUUGUUGCAUACUGGAGAACUCGGAACAUUUUGUGAGGUUCUACUUUCAUUUGUUGUUUACGCAACAAAUACUAAGACUAUUAGCCCCGCCCACCAAAUACUGAGCCUGUUAGCCCCGCCCACCAUCAACACAUUAGCAUUAGUCGUCCGCUCCAACAGAACUAAAGUUACUGCUGCGCUUGUUUGGCUUACAAUUUCUAAAUUAUAACUUUUUUAUCACACUAUUGCAAAUUUAUUUUCAAAAUAUUACAACUUUAAUCGCAUAAAAGUAUGACAUUAUUUUCAUUAAAUCGGGAUUUUUUUUUAACUACGACUUUAUUCUCAAAAUAUUACAACUUUAUUCUUUUAAAUUACGGGUUUUAUUGAUAUUUUACAACUGUAUUCUCAUAAGUGUUUUUAUUUGCUUAUGUGGCUCUGAUACGCCAUCGCAGAACCACAAAAGUCCAAAUAAAACCCUAGUAUUUAUAUUAGGAUUAAAUAUAGGACUGAAUUCUUGGAAUAUUCGGACUUUUUCCCAUAAAAAUGUAAUGAUUCUCCACAUGUGUCAGGUUUUAUCAGAUAAUCUGACGAGUGAAUACAUUAUUAGUCAGGAAAUUAAAAAAAAACACUCCAGAGUAAAAUAAAUUAGAGUUAAUGAAGUUA